AUGGCUAUUAGACAUUUACUAUCUUCCAUCUUACUCUUUGGAGGUUUUGCAGCUGCAUUCCCAUACAAGCAUGAUUAUGAGUGGGUUACCCAAUAUCUAGGCGACUAUUCUCCUUAUCCUGGUUCAGCAGGUCCUAUUCCAGCGACUGAUCCUAUCACAUCCCAAUACAAUGUCGAGCAGCUCCAUGCUUUCUUACGACACGGGACACGUUAUCCUGAGAAAGAUAACACCAAUGGGAUUGCCUCAGUGGUGCAGAAAUUGUAUUAUGCCGAAAACAAGACGAGCAUUCCUUGGAUUGAUGAAUACGUGAACGAAUUCAAAAGCGAAAAUGUCUUUCGGCUUGAUACAAUCGGCGUAAUGGAGCUCUAUGAACAUGGAGAACGUAUGGCUGCUAGCUAUCCUGAUCUUAUCAAGGCAGCUGUUUCAUUCAAUGAGACUACAAAUCAAUCACAACUCAAUGACGUCUUUGAGAGCUACGUGUCACCAACACCACGCACUCGUCGUUCAGCCAUUGCCUUUCAUCGUGGUUUGUUCAAGGACGUAUCAAAAGACAAAGCAAGCCAAACAUUGUUGGGCCAAUUUGUGAAGCGCUUUAUUCCCAACCAAGGACACAUUGAUGAAAGAUACGAUGCAAUGAACGCUGAACAGUGCGACAAGACGAUUCAUGAACCAGGCAGUUGGCGUAUGCAAAAAGUACAUCAGUGUUUUGAUCGUUUUGGCAUGGAUGCAGCCAAGAGGCUAACGCUGCAAUUGGGCGGAAAUUGGACGCCUCAAGAUGUUAAAUUUGCAUACUAUGGAUGUGCCUUUGACGUGUCCCUUCAUCAACGUACCGACACGUUUUGUUCUUUGCUUACACCAGAAGAAAUAGAGAACCUGUACUAUUGCUUCGACCUUAAAUACUAUUACGUCCUGGGUUAUGGUAAUCGCUUAAAGGAAGGUGUUGUUUGCGAUCUCAUGCGUGAUACGGUGGACAAUAUUAUGCACAAGCAAAAAAGGAUCAUCACGCGUGCGUCACAUGACACCAUGAUUGAAGGAUUAGCAACGCUGUUUGAGUUAUUCAAGGACCCAUCUCCUUUGGAACCUGACUGGUCGAUAGAGCAAAUUAGACAGCGCAAGUUUCAAGGCACUAAGCUGAUGCCCUUUGGUGCGAACAUGGUAUUACAAGUGCUCACUGAGAAGAAUGGCAGCGAAGAAGAGGAGGAAGACAACAGCACAACUACACAAAAAUGGAUCCGCUUUUUGCUACAUGAACAUCCCAUGGUCCUCCCUGGAUGUCAAAACGAGGUGUGCCCAUUGGAUGAUUUUAUCUCUUGGAUUCAAAAACGCUUGGAGAAAUGUCCCAGCUAUCAUGAUGCAUGUGCCAGUGUACCUCAAGUCAAUGAAGAGCCUAAAGGCCCCAUGAGUAAUCUCGACUAG